AUGACCCCACUUAAAAACUGCCAAAUUUGUCAUAUUCCAACAAACGGCAAACGCCACUAUGGCGUUGUUUCCUGUCGCGCCUGUGCCGCGUUUUUCCGACGUGCAGGAUGCUCGAAUCGAUCGAAAAAGUGCAAAAAACUGAAAAAUUGUGUGGCCAAGGAAGACGGAUUUUUUGCAUGUAAAUUUUGUAGACUACAGAAAUGUUUGAAUGCUGGAAUGAGCUCAGAAAGCUUUCAAUUCAAUCGAGGUGGCUAUCAAGUUGCGAAAAUCCCAAUGACCAUGGAUACAUUUUUGGGAAAACCAAAUUUUAUAAUUUUCCGAGCUUCCAACGAAACAUCAAGUUCCAAGAACUUCAUUGAUGUCCAAUAUCUUAUAGAUCGAGUGGCGCAGGUUUUGCAGGAGGGUCCGGAAACUCCAAUAAUUUCAAAAUCAAAGCUUGGAAAGCUUUCUCUGGGACUUCGAAACAUUCAAGGAACAACAAAAUAUCCAGAUCCCAAAAGUGUUGAAAUGUAUGGGAAAAAUGAGGCACUAGCACAAGUGGAAUAUGAUAUUUUGUCAGUGACAAAGUGGGUAACCCAUUUCGAUGAGUUCCAGAAGCUUCCACAUGUAUUGAAGGAAACUGGACAAGGAUCAUUUAUUCCAUGCUUGGGAUUUGAAGCAGUUGGACUUUUCAUGGUUUUCAAAAAAUACUGUAGAGGAGUUGAAGUUCUGGAUGUCUACCGUAGUAAAGUUCGCAGCAGUUUGGGACACGUUUUUGAUAUUUUCGAUAUUGAAGUGUCCCAUCCGGAAUUGUUUAUUGACUUGACACCUUGUUAA